AUGUCGGCAACCAAAGUAGAAUGCCAGCAUCUCCGGCCCCGGCGAUUCGCGCCUCUCGACACAUCCCGCAAAUCGGAUGCGCCGCCGCUGAAGGGCAUUGUGUUUGAUGUGGAUGGAACUUUAUGCCUCCCACAACAUCACAUGUUCAGUGAAAUGAGAGAAGCUCUGGGAAUCGAUGCCUCCACUGACAUCCUCCAUCACAUCCGCGAUAUCGAAACACCCGCUGAGCGCGCCGAAGCCGUAGCAAAAGUCCAGGACGUUGAGCGGCGCGCAAUGCUCAACCAGGAACCACAGCCUGGCCUCGCACGCUUGAUGGAUUAUCUCCAGUCACGCGGACUCCGACGAGCUCUUUGCACCCGGAAUUUUGAAGCCCCGGUGAGAUAUCUCAUCCAGAAUCACCUACCAAGCCAUGUCUUCCUCCCCAUCAUCACUCGGGACACCCCUGAUGUAAUCCCCAAGCCUGAUCCCGCGGGUAUCUUGCAUAUCGCUGGGGAAUGGGGACUGCCCAACCGCGCAGAGAGCCUAAUCAUGGUCGGUGAUAGCAUCGACGAUAUGACGGCGGGUCAUACGGCCGGCGCAGCAACCGUCUUGCUAGUCAAUGAGCGCAAUGGCCAUCUGCGUGAACAUGCUCAUACCGACCUUUUUAUCAGUCGUUUGGACGAACUGGUGGAUAUUCUUGAGCAAGGUUUCGUGGGUACUCGCGAGAAUGAUGAACAUAAAGAGUAG